CUCCGGAGCCGCACCCCUUUUUCUCCACAAACACACUUUUAUAUUUAUUCCCCAUUAUGUCCAACAACAACAACAACCUUAAUCAUCAUAACAAACUUAUUAACCACCACCACCACCACCAUAUUCUACCACCAACCACCACCACAAACCGCUCCAACUCCACCACCCAAGCGUGCGCCGCGUGUCGCUACCAACGCCGAAAGUGCGCCCCGGACUGCAUUUUAGCACCAUAUUUCCCACACGACCGCCAACGACAAUUCCAAAACGCGCAUAAACUAUUCGGUGUUAGCAACAUUACUAAAAUUAUCCGUGAUCUCGAUACACCUCAAAAGGACGAAGCAAUGCGGACGAUUAUAUAUCAAGCGGAUGUCCGUGCCCAUGACCCCGUUGGGGGGUGUUACAGGAUCAUACGAGAACUCCAGCGUCAGAUUGAGUACUCGCGCGCCGAGCUUGACAUUGUUUUGCACCAGCUGGCAUUUUGUAGAACACACGCCCAGAAUCAAAACCAUCAGUUGUUGUUUGAUUGUGAUGUUCAUCUUGAUGAUGAUAAUAAUAAUAAUAAUCCAGAUGAUGUGGAUUUGUAUGAUCAUGGUCUUGAUCUUGAUUUGGGUCAACAACAAGAUGAGCAGUAUAUGUUGGGGGAGCAUCAUUUGAAUGAUCAGGAAGAUGGUCAUGUGGCGCCGAUUCAGGAGACGAAUUCAUGGGCCAACAUGAAUAAUUCUCCGCCUUCUUCAGCCGUUUGUUUGGAGGUGAGGGAGUGUGACGCGUUUAAACCGCUUAUGAUUCCUGCAGGAGAACGACAUGAAUUUAAAUUCGAAUUCGAUGACAUAAAUGAACCCAGUGAAGAGACGCUAGAUAAUGAUGGAAAUCAGAAAACCUUGACAAAAGAAGAUAAUGUUACAUUUUUCACAAAAGAUGAGAAUGUAUCUUACCAACAACACAAUGAAGACAAUGAUCUCAAGGGCGCUGCUACUUUAUUCACCCUCACAAAUUGUAGCAGCUACUAA